CAUCGACAUCGCAACGAUCAUUGCACUGCCAGCGUACAAACGACCGCCUACAAACAGUCGUAUUUAAACAGUCAUUACUACUUUCUUCCAAUUCACAACCGCCACUAUGCAGUUCAAGACAAUCAUUUUCUCAUUGCUAGCCGCCUCCACUGUGGCUGCGAAGCGUAACUGUGGUACACCUUCGCCCUCAGGGGAACAAACUCUCCUUGCUCAGAACCUUCUUUUGGACGAGCAAGCGCAGUUGCAGGCGGGAAACUCAUCACGACUGGCUUCUGUUGCUGCCGUCGAAAGCAUCACCAUCAAUGUAUACUGGCACGUCAUAGCCAGCGCGAGGAACGUCAACGGCGGUUACCUCGCCCAGGAGACACUGGAUGCUCAGCUCAGUGUUCUCAAUGAUGCAUAUGCUCCCCAUAACAUCCAGUUCAAGCAGGCUGGAGCGGACUGGACCAUCAACACCCAGUGGGCAAAUGAUCAAGGAGAACUGGCUAUGAAACGCCAGCUCCGAAAGGGCACAUAUGCUGAUUUGAAUGUAUACUUCAUCCCCGGAACACAGUAUCUGGGAUACGCAUACUUCCCAGAAAACGCUCCCCAGGGAUCUCAGGCUUUCACCCUCGACGGUGUAGUCAUCUUAUCUGGCUCAGUUCCUGGAGGCGCUCUGCCAGAAUACAACAUCGGCCACACUGCCACCCAUGAGGUUGGCCACUGGCUUGGUCUUUACCACACUUUCGAGGGCGAUACUUGCGGAGGCAAUGGCGACUUCAUCGACGACACCCCUGCUGAGGCCGAAGCCGCAUUUGGAUGCGAGCUCGAGAGGGAUACCUGCCCCAACGAUCCUGGAAAGGACCCUGUCACCAACUACAUGGAUUACUCCGACGACGCCUGCUUCACUGGCUUCACCAAGGGUCAAGAGACCCGCAUUUACAACUACUGGGAUCAAUUCCGUGCUCAGUUCCAGCUAUGA